UCCUGAUCUUCAAAACACACAAAAGCUUUUUGUCAUUUUCUUGCUUGAGCGACGUUCCUUAAAGCCAACAGAAGAAGAGGAACAAUCGAGAAACUCUCGGAAGGGGCUUACUCAAAACUCCUUUGGACUCCCUCAAAGUUCUCAGGAAACGGGACCGCAUUUUUCUCCUCCUCACAAACUAUUGAGUUUGUAAGUAAUUUCGCUGCAACGACGACUUUACGGUUCAGAUGAAGAAGAGGGCAGUGUUAGUCCUUCCCCUCACAGCUCCAACACACACACACACUUCUGGAGGAAAACACAGUUGACCAGCUCAGAAAAUGACACUCAGAAGAGGGAAGAAAAGUGCAGAGAUUGUUGGAAAGUCUUCUCGUGUUGACACGUUUUAAGUUUUGUGAAGUGUUUUCGACGCUUUGGCUUGAACCGAAAAAACGUGUAAAGGACUUAAAACGCACAAACCCGGCGGCAGACCGAAAUAAAGCGGAACUUAUUGAAAACCUGCGAAGAGUGGCUUGGCGUUCAGGACCUCGCCGACCGGCCGUGUGUUUUGGAGCAACUCGAGGAGCUUCUUCAGAGCAGCAACCAGAGUGAAUCUCAGGACCAUGAGCAGACAGUUGUAACAUACGAAAGCAGCUACAUCAGCCACACAGAUGUUUCGGAAAAAAGCCUCGUCCUCCUUGAGAAUGCGGGGAAUAUCAGAAAACAAUAGACGGAGUGUGGAUCGUGCCCGAAGCUCCUCCUUCCAUGAGGUGGGUAGGUCACGAGAUCUGGAAAUGAGGGCAGCAGCCUCAGUUUCCGAGGACACAUCGGCUAACAACAGCGGUGGGAGUGGACACACGGUUCUGCAGCGGCUCUUGCAGGAACAAAUGCGCUAUGGCGAGGGUCGAAAUUACCUUGCCUUGCAACAACAGCAGCAGCAAGGUCCAGUAAGCGGAUACCCAGGGCCUGGCAGCCCAGCAGACGAGCACUCGAUGGUCCCACACAUUGCGCGACAAGAGCCUCAGGGCCAGGAGUUGCAAGUUGACAGUGGCAUGGAGAAGCUCAGCACACGCACUGCAGGAGGAGGCGGUGGUAGCGGAGGCACCGGGUCACUUGGUGGUAGUUGUGUCAGUGGGCAGAUGCAGAAUCCAGAAGACCUGCCCACUUAUGACCAAGCCAAGGUUCAGUCGCAGUACUUCCGUGGCCAUCAACCCCAGCAGCCUCAACCACAGAUGCCCCCAACAGUGGGUGCUGCUUUUUAUGUGACUGGAGUCACCAACUCUAAGGUGCGACCCCCAGAGGGCAGGUCCACGGUGCAGAGAAUGAAUGGAGGCAAAGUACACCAAGAUGAUGGGCUCAAGGAUCUAAAGCAAGGUCAUGUACGUUCUCUCAGCGAAAGACUAAUGCAGCUCUCAUUGGCCACCAGCGGGGUCAAGGCCCAUGCUCCUGUUACCAGUUCACCACUUUCCCCCCAGCUGCCUCCACCAGGACUUCCAGGAGACUACUACAAACCUACUGGGCCUCCACACAGGGGGCCACCUCCAGACUAUCCUUUUAAAGGUAUGCCCUCUCCACCCAAACAGCAACAGCACCAUCAGCCUCAGCACCAGGAGCCUGGACACUUCCACCCAGACCACCGCGGUACAAGCCAACCAGCCAGGACUGACAUUCCUCAUGUCCGGUACCAGCCACCACCUGAGUACGGCUCUUUUCGGUCAAGUAAGGAGAGUUCAAGCCACUCUCAAAGGUCCGUCCAUCACCACAGCCCUUCAUCUUCGGUUACGUCUGGAGGCUCUCUCUCCCGUGCUCAGUCUUCCACUCUCAGCAGCAUCUUGGCUGCUUCCCAUGCGCUUCCACCAAUGGGUCAUUCGGGAGAGCCACCCUUCCCCAUAGGUGCUCGAAGCUCACAGGGGCCUGGUUCUCACCAAGGUGAUCCAUACGGCCCAGGCCAUCCUCCUCAUCAACGGAGCCACGUGUUUCCACAUGAUCAUUAUGGGUCAGCUCCAAGGGGCCUCCACAUGCUCCAGCACCAGUACCACCAACAGGGCCCCCAGCAGCAGCAGCAACAGAGUCCAGCACAACACUACUCACAUCCACUCUCCAUGCAGGGGGAUCCUUAUGCCAUGCUUGCCCGUGCCCAGCAGAUGGUGGAUAUGCUGUCUGAAGAAAACCGCUUGCUUAAGCAAGAGCUGGAGGUGUGUGGGGAGAAAGUGUCCAAACUACAAAAGAUGGAGACUGAGAUCCAGAUGGUGUCAGAAGCUUACGAGAACUUGGCUAAAUCAUCCACAAAGAGGGAAGCUCUUGAGAAGACCAUGAGAAAUAAGCUGGAGAUGGAGGUGCGCAGGGUGCACGACUUCAACAGGGACCUACGAGAACGAAUGGAAACGGCCAACAAGCAGCUCGCUGCAAAAGAGUGUGAGGGCACAGAGGACAAUCGUAAAACCAUCUCACAGCUUCUGGUUCAGGUUAAAGAAAAUCAACGAGAAAAGGAGAAGCUGGAAAUCGAGUUGAAUUCACUUCGUUCCACAACAGAGGACCAGCGCAGGCACAUCGAGAUCCGUGACCAGGCCUUAAACAACGCGCAAGCCAAAGUGGUCAAACUGGAGGAAGAGCUAAAGAAAAAGCAGGUAUAUGUGGAAAAGGUGGAGCGGAUGCAGCAGGCUCUAGCACAGCUUCAGGCCGCCUGUGAGAAGAGAGAACAGCUUGAGCAUCGGCUACGCACUCGACUGGAGAGAGAGCUGGAAUCACUGCGAAUGCAACAGAGACAAGGUGGCUCUCAGAGCACGGUUGGCCCGGAGUUCAGCACAGCGGCUCUGAUGGAGCACCUAAGAGAAAAAGAGGAGAGGAUUUUGGCCCUAGAGGCCGACAUGACCAAAUGGGAGCAGAAAUAUCUGGAGGAGAGCGUCAUGAGGCAGUUCGCACUGGAUGCCGCUGCUUCUGUGGCCACACAGAGAGACACGUCGUCUGCCAUCAUUAGUCACUCACCCAGCAGCAGCUACGACACUUCAGUGGAGGCUCGAAUCCAGAAGGAGGAGGAGGAGAUCCUGAUGGCCAACCGCCGCUGCCUGGACAUGGAGAGCCGGAUCAAGAACCUGCAUGCUCAGAUCAUUGAGAAGGACGCCAUGAUCAAGGUCCUCCAUCAGCGCUCGCGGAAAGAACCCGCCAGCAAGCUGGACACUCCGGCCAUGAGGCCCUCCAAAUCCCUAAUGUCCAUCGCCACGGGCACUGGCGGCUCCAGUGGCUCCGGCCUGCUGUCUCACUCUCUGGGGCUCAGCGGCAGCAGCCCGAUCACGGAGGAGCGCAGGGAAGACCGCAGCUGGAAGGGCAGUUUGGGUGUUCUGCUGGGUCCAGAGUUCCGUGGAGACUCUCUGAGAACAGAGUCCAUUUCCUCUUCUCCAUCUCCAGUCCUGCCCUCCACUCCGAUGCCCCUAGCCACACACUCAAAGACGGGCAGCAGAGACAGCUGUACGCAGACAGAGAAGAGCCAGGAGAACAGCAAACCCAGCACACCUGCCCUGCAGAACGUCCCAGGACCCAGCCGAAUCAGCAGCCCCAGCCCCGUCUACAUUCCAGACCGCAUCGCCGACGUGCCAGUGUUUCACAGCAGUACAUUAGAGAGGAGAGCACCAGUGCAGAGUCUUCCUCCAGCAUCAGUGGCAGCACAGGACAUGGACAGCGACAUGGUGGAAAUCCUCAUCUGAUCAUCUUUUACUGUGCAGGUGAAGAACUCCACACACUCCUCUAUCAUACAUUUCACAUCAGGAUGUUUCUGAACAAACACACCGACAGCCGACUACAACACACAACAAUUCAUUUUUUGUACAGUAUUGUCUGGUGGACUUUUUUUUUCCCAGACCUUCGGACCAAAUUAUAAUUGUAAUUCUUUUUUUUUUUUUUACAUUUAUUGCACUACUUUUGUUUAUUUGGGUAUGCAAUUUGUCUGUAUUUACGAAUAAUACAAAUGUGGCACUUGAGUAUCUAACAAAAUGGUGACUAGCCGAACAGUUGUUACGUGUAAAUACUGUAUCCGAAUACUGUAAAACUGAAUGUCAUAGGGCUUUUUUUAUAAUAAAUUGUUGGGUGCAGCACGUUUUGAAGAGCAAUGGACCACCAGAAGUUCACAUGUGUGUCCAGAAGCUCACGUUUCUGUAUGUGAAAGUGUGAAAGUAUGAGUGACCCAACUGGUUUUGGGUUGGUCUGAAUGAGAUUCUCUAGUUUUUCCAAUCUGAACUGUAGAUUCCUGUAAAGCUCUGACACAUAGGACAUUUCAGUUUGUUUUCCACAAUUCCUCUUGUCCUUUGUAAAAGACAAAAUGGCUUCUUCUCCCAGUCUUAUAAUUGCGUUUGACCAAAGGAAUCCAUUUAAAAGGACACAUUAUGUUUUAGAGCAGGGUCUAACCUAAUUCAAGAUUUCACACGCAUAAAUGAGAAGUUCUUUCCAUGAAAUCAGUGAACAUCUAUGAAACCCUCAGAUUUCAUGGCUUUCAUAAUCUCAAGUGCUUUAUAGUUUUCAGAGUUUUUCCCAAACGGCCACUGGAUGCAAGUUUGCGGGUGGUUUUCGGCUUGACGUCAAUGUGACGUCUGUUGGAAUCGUGUGUGUUCAUCUGGAACGUGUCACAUAUAAAGUGUUUGCACAUCUGAUCAACGUUCCUGUAAUGUUCCCAGACAGACGCCAUAUCAACAUUCAGCUGAUUUACCUCCUGAAUUGAUGUGUUUGUCAGGUGCUUCUGCACACAGAGCUCUCGUAGGGGCUGUUUGCUGGCCUUUAGUAUUCGUCGUUUACGUACAGACGAACGUGCAAGUUUACGCAUUUUAAAGCAGGUCAUCAUUUCAAAGAAAAGCAUCAGAUUGAUUAAAAUAGCGUUUACACAGCUGUUCACAACAUUGAGGCCAGUAGGAAUGUUUUUAAACAACAUGCUCACAGGGUCUGCGUUUAGAUCAUCACAAAUACAGUCAGUGACAUCAUGAAAUAUUUC